AUGACUUUAGCUCUCUGCUCAUUGGAAUAUUUAGAUCUGAGCAGAAACAAUUUUGUUACUCUACCUUCAAGCCUCAAUCAACUUUCACAGCUCAAAGGCCUGGGGUUGGGUUAUUGCAAGAGGCUUCAAUCAUUACCAGAGCUUCCAUCAAGUAUAGAAGAAAUAGAUGCCCAUGAUUGCACAGUUAUGGAAAACAUUUUGUGUCCAUCAAGUGUCUACAGAUCCAAGGAAUGUGGGGGCCUCCGAUUCACAUUUUCUAAUUGCUUCAGACUGUCUGAGAAUGAAAGCAGCAACUUUGUGGCAGCUACAAUAAAUCAGAUCACAUGUGGCUUGGUGGUUCAGCCAACAGAGUAUAGGCUCCACAGUAAUAUGGUACAUCUGCCUCCAAAUCGGUGUAAUACUAGGUUGAUGGGAUUGGCUGUGUGCGCUAUUUUUGUAGUAAAGGGCGCUGUCCAUGAUUGCCCUGGUAGUAUAUUUUGUCAUGAAGAACACCAGAAUUCUUCGGAUGACGGGCACAGAUUCACAUGUGGCUUGGGUAUCAACAAUUCCUCGCCGCGUAUCAAUAUAAGCGAAUUAUGGUUUCGCAGGCAUGGGGUGACCAUGCCUAGAUAUCCAUGGACAGAUGGUCCUGAGUAUAUCACACAAUGCCCAAUUCAGCCAGGGUCAAAGUUUACCCAGAAGAUCAUCCUUUCCACUGAAGAAGGCACUUUAUGGUGGCAUGCUCACAGUGACUGGACCCGAGCCACUGUUCAUGGAGCUAUAAUCAUCUAUCCCAAGAAUGGAACCAAGUAUCCUUUUCACAAACCUGACAGGGAGGUCCCCAUCAUAUUAGGAGAAUGGUGGAAGAAUGAUGUAAAUGCGGUUCGAGAUGAAGGGCUUGUAACCGGAGGUGACCCCGACCCCUCUGAUGCUUCAUUGAUAAAUGGACAACCCGGUGAUCUAUAUCCAUGCUCAAAAUCAGACACAUUCAAGCUAACGGUGGAUCAUGGAAAGACCUAUCUACUUCGCAUAAUCAAUGCUGCCUUACAAGAGGCUCUCUUCUUCUCCAUUGCCAAGCAUAAAAUGACAGUGGUUGGAACAGAUGGUAGCUACACGAAACCAUUGACACGAGAUUUUAUCACAAUAUUUCCUGGCCAAACCUACGAUGUCUUACUAGAAGCUAACCAACGCCCGGAUCACUAUUACAUGGCGGCUAUAACUUAUUCUGUUGCCCCGAAAUAUCAAGAUUUUUAUGAUAACACAACCACCACAGCUAUUGUACAGUACAGCGGAUACUACACUCCAACUUCGCCUCCAUCCUUCCCUCUUCUUCCUGCAUAUAAUGACACAAAUGCAUCGGUUCAAGUCAUGGCCGGCCUUCGAAGCUUAGCAGAUGGAGAACAUCCUUGCAAUGUCCCAUUGAGCACGAGCACUAACCUGAUUUACACUGUUUCUGUAAACUCGUACCCAUGCGUCAAUAAUUCAUGUGUAGGGGCCAAUGGGACGCGGUUCUCCUCAAGUAUAAACAACAUAAGCUUCGAUACCCCUACAGUUGACAUACUGCAAGCUUACUAUUAUAACAUCAGUGGUGUAUAUGGAGAUAAAUUUCCUAGCGAUCCACCAUUGGUGUUCGAUUUUACAGCCGAUUAUCUUCCAUUAAUCUAUCAGUUACCGAGCAGUGGAACAGAAGUAAGGGUGCUCGAGUAUAACUCCACAGUGGAGAUUGUUUUUCAAGGGACAAACGUGCUUGCAGCGACACACCACCCCAUGCAUCUCCAUGGAUAUAGUUUCUAUGUUGUUGGAUGGGGAUUUGGGAAUUUCGAUGGAAAUAGGGACCCAUUGCGCUAUAAUUUGGUGGAUCCUCCCUUUCAGAAUACAAUCUCUGUUCCUUCAAAUGGUUGGGUUGCAAUCAGAUUCGAGGCAUCCAAUCCUGGAGUGUGGUUCAUGCACUGCCAUGUAGAACGCCAUCUGACCUGGGGCAUGGAAACUGCGUUCAUAGUGAAAAAUGGUAAACACCCGGAAGCUCAAAUGUUGCCUCCUCCGUCGGACAUGCCAUCAUGUUGAAGCUACAAAGAAAUAACACGCCAAAGAUUUCAUUGAAUAUUUGUAUUAUUCAGCUUUCAUGAUUUAUUUUUUGUUUGAUAAUGGAAUUUCUUGGAUUGUUAAUGAAAUAAUAUGAUUAUCUUCAAUCAAGAUAAUGUAAAGUUGCAGAAUAUUGUAUA